AUUCUCGAGCUGUUCGUUGUGUAGCGAAGACGUGAUCUAUUGCUUAGUGCACGAAUGGUCUUGUGAUUUGGCAUCUGACUACAGAUAUGGAAUUCCUCACUUUCUUGCUAUGUGUUUUUGUUGUUAGCGCUGUACUAAAACAACCUACCACAAAUUCUGGGAAUUUCACACCUAUUGUUCCUGGAUAUGAGCUGCCUGACCGUCAGUAUGAGAAAGGUCCUGGCUUCAGCCAAGUAUCCAGUGUGUCAGUGACAGUAGAUAAUACUGUAUUACCUAGUGAUAUGGAUGACUUCUCUGAGCAAUAUGACCAGGAGAAUACUGAUGUUGAGUUCAUAAACAGACUGCGAUCUGGAAUGGAAACCAAGGAGCGUAUCCAACAGUACAGCACAGAAACAGCUGAAGCUGAAAUGGAAUAUCUCGAACAGUGGUAUGAUAAGUUCAGUGUGACAAGAGAGGAAGCUAAACUGGACACACAUACACCACAAUCAGAGACCAAUACAACAGUAGGGAAUAAGACAUCAGUUUUCUGGAUGGAAAACAAACCUUUGCCUACAGCUACUGCUCUUCUCAAAUUAGUCAAAUUCAUGAUAAUACUAAUCAUAGCUGCAAUAAUUACUACUUCCAUGUGGAGUAUUUUGAGACACCAGUUUACAUUCAUCUCUGGGAUUAUACACACAGUGAGGUACAGAAGUGCAGAUUUCGUUACUGUCAAAUACAACGAUACAUUUGUUAUUUAGAAGGCUCCACGCACGUGUCCAUCAUAUACUCAGAACUAACCAACCCUCCUCCCAGACAUAGUCAAUUCUUGUUUCUUUCUAAUCUUUUAUCCUUCUUUGCAAUUCUAACUCUCUGAGUGAUUCGUUGCUGCAUAUGCACACACACACACAUACACACACACACACACACACACACACACACACACACACACACACACACACACAAACACACACACUCACACACACGAAUAUAUAAAAAUGGAAAAUACUCUUAUCACAACAAUAGAGUCAUAGUGGACAUAAUUACAUUCAAUUAUUUUGAGAUUUGUACCACAGAAGACAAUUGUGCUUCGGUAAUCUAUAUUCUACCAGCAAAUUUAGGUAAAUGUGAAGUGAAUUAUUGGGUAGGUGUGAUUACCUGGUGGUUUCACAAGAGCUACCAAGGAUGUUCUCUUGUCAAUGUUACCACCUUCGCCAUCUUACACUAUCUUUGCCCAAUUUAUGUAUAAUGUGCAAAUAGAUAAACUAACGGUUUCAAGAGAUAGUCAGAUUGUCACAAAAUGUGCCUUAUAAAACAAAUGACUGUCCUGUAAAACUUAUUGAUUUUGCUUUUGUAUUCAAUGUCUGGAAGAUUUGUAGAGUUGCAGAUGCAAAAUUUAUGACAUUAUCUGUAAGAAUAUACUAAUUCAUUAUAUUCGAUUAACAGCUUCAGUGGAAGAUGAGACUUUUGAAAAGUUUGUUAUAAAGAAUGAAAAGAUAUUUUACAAGAGCACUAGCUGAUGUUACCACUUUUGCUUCAAUGUUUAAUGUUUACAAUGAUUGUAUAUUUACAAUUAUAAAUUUGUAGUGGUUCUUAACAAAAAUAAAUAGCAUCUUUGUGAUGCUUUUGAAUAA